GUUGUAGUAUUGCAACCAACCAACCAACCAACCAACCAAACAGAAGAGAACAGCACAGCACAGAGUAUACAUCGCAAAGCACAGAACGCACGGGACGCGGGCGUUUGCCAAGGCAUCCUAUCCUCCCAUGAAGCCCAAGCCGGUCCCCCCGAACUCGUCUUCCCCGUGGCCCCGGAGGCGGGGCAGAACCGGCGCCACCGCAGCGGCGCUGGUCCGGAGCUGCGCGCUGGCGGCCCUUUUCUUCGGGGCGCUGRUCCUCUGGUUCACCCCCCCGGAAGCACCCCCUUCCAGAAUCCGGGCCGGUGGGAGCAGGGGCCCGGCCGAACGCGGGAAAUCGGGCGUCCCACCCACAACGGCAGCGGCAGAAGCAGAAGCGGAGAGAGCGGUGGUGGUGGUGGUGGAAUGCUUGGUGUCGACCCCGCACUCCAAGACGCCCGAGACCGCCGCGAGCGGGUUGUUCCGGAUCGCCAUCCGCGGCGGGGACGCGGCCCGGAAGGGGUCCUCGGCGGCGGCCUUUCUGGAGCUCGUGCGGAAGGGCUUCUACGACGGGAACUACUGCUUCCGGGUCAUCGAGGGCUUUAUCGUCCAGUGGGGGGUCGGGAGGGACCCGCCCCCCUCCAAGCCCGCCGCCCACCGCCUCCCAAGAGCGGACYUUCCCGAAACAAAGGCCGGUGGUGCCAGAGACCCGGGCAAGGAGAACCGCCGCGGGACGGUCACCAUGAUCGCCGGAGGGACCGGCCAGGUCUUUGUCAACCUCGGAGACAACCGGCGGCUCGACAAGGAGGGGACGAUUCCCUUUGGUUUCGUGCUGGAAGACGAAGAAAAAGACAAAGACGGCGGCAGCCACGGCGGGAUGGCCCUGGUCGACCGCAUCUACCACGGCUACAAGGGCGGGCAGGGGCAGAUCCCGGCCAUCGCGGACGGGACGAUCCCGGAGAAAUUCCCCGAAAUGGGGCGCAUCGACGCCUGCUACCGAAUCGAUUAGAACAGAACAGAAGAAAACACAAGCGCCGAAGGGAUGCAUCCAAGCGAGAGGAAUUCGUCUCGCAACGGACGGAGCAAUUGCUCGCUUCUUCGUCCAUUCCGCUUCCACCCGCGCCUUGCGGCUGUCGGUCCCGCCGCAUGUUUGUUUCGAACGGGGUUCCGAUGAGGGUUUUCUCCGAUCGGACCCGUUUCCCGCGCACAUGGAAUGCGCCUACGCAGCAGGAACAUCGAGGGAUUGGAAUUCCAGCUCUAAAUACAGGGGGACUACAMUA